UUUCAGGGAGCUUGCCGACGCUGUCGCAGGGGUGGAUCCUGAGCUGCCGAAGCCGCCGUCCUGCUCUCCCGCGUGGGCUUCUCUAAUUCCAUUGUUUUUUUUAGAUUCGCUUGGGCCUAGCCGUUCUCGGAGCCCGAUAUUCGGGCUGGGCAGUCCCACGGCCUGGGCCUAGGGGCUUAACAGUAGCAACAGCAGCAGCGGCGGCGGCGGCAGCAGCAGUCUCUUGACGAGCACGAGCACCACAGGCGCCCGAAAGCCGGCACAGGCGUUUAGAGAAAAUGGCAGACGAUAUUGAUAUUGAAGCAAUGCUUGAGGCUCCUUACAAGAAGGAUGAGAACAAGUUGAGCAGUGCCAACGGCCACGAAGAACGUAGCAAAAAGAGGAAAAAAAGCAAGAGCAGAAGUCGUAGUCAUGAACGAAAGAGAAGCAAAAGUAAGGAACGGAAGCGAAGUAGAGAUAGAGAAAGGAAAAAGAGCAAAAGCCGUGAAAGGAAGCGAAGUAGAAGCAAAGAAAGACGACGGAGCCGCUCAAGAAGUCGAGAUCGGAGAUUUAGAGGCCGCUACAGAAGUCCUUACUCCGGACCAAAAUUUAACAGUGCCAUCCGAGGAAAGAUUGGGUUGCCUCAUAGCAUCAAAUUAAGCAGACGACGUUCCCGAAGCAAAAGUCCAUUCAGAAAAGACAAGAGCCCUGUGAGGGAACCUAUUGAUAAUCUAACUCCUGAGGAAAGAGAUGCAAGGACAGUCUUCUGUAUGCAGCUGGCAGCAAGAAUUCGACCAAGGGAUUUGGAAGAGUUUUUCUCUACAGUAGGAAAGGUUCGAGAUGUGAGGAUGAUUUCUGACAGAAAUUCAAGACGUUCCAAAGGAAUUGCUUAUGUGGAGUUUGUUGAUGUUAGCUCGGUGCCUCUAGCAAUAGGAUUAACUGGCCAACGAGUUUUAGGAGUGCCAAUCAUAGUACAGGCAUCACAGGCAGAAAAAAAUAGAGCUGCAGCAAUGGCAAACAAUUUACAAAAGGGAAGUGCUGGACCUAUGAGGCUUUAUGUGGGUUCAUUACACUUUAAUAUAACUGAAGACAUGCUUCGUGGAAUCUUUGAGCCUUUCGGAAGGAUUGAAAGUAUCCAGCUGAUGAUGGACAGUGAAACUGGUCGAUCCAAGGGAUAUGGAUUUAUUACAUUUUCUGAUUCAGAAUGUGCCAAAAAGGCUUUGGAACAACUUAAUGGAUUUGAACUAGCAGGAAGGCCAAUGAAAGUUGGUCAUGUGACUGAACGUACUGAUGCCUCGAGUGCUAGUUCAUUUUUGGACAGUGAUGAACUGGAAAGGACUGGAAUUGAUUUGGGAACAACUGGUCGUCUUCAGUUAAUGGCAAGACUUGCAGAGGGUACAGGUUUGCAGAUUCCACCAGCAGCACAGCAGGCUCUGCAAAUGAGUGGCUCUUUGGCAUUUGGUGCUGUGGCAGAAUUCUCUUUUGUUAUAGAUUUGCAAACAAGACUUUCCCAGCAGACUGAAGCUUCAGCUUUAGCUGCAGCUGCCUCUGUUCAGCCACUUGCAACACAGUGUUUUCAACUCUCUAACAUGUUUAACCCUCAAACAGAAGAAGAAGUUGGAUGGGAUACAGAGAUUAAGGAUGAUGUGAUUGAAGAAUGUAAUAAACAUGGAGGAGUUAUUCAUAUUUAUGUUGACAAAAAUUCAGCUCAGGGCAAUGUGUAUGUGAAGUGCCCGUCAAUUGCUGCAGCUAUUGCUGCUGUCAAUGCAUUGCAUGGCAGGUGGUUUGCUGGUAAAAUGAUAACGGCAGCAUAUGUACCUCUUCCAACUUACCACAACCUGUUUCCUGAUUCUAUGACAGCAACACAACUACUGGUUCCAAGUAGACGAUGAAGGAAGAUAAAGUCUCUUAUGUAUAUAGCUUUUUUUCUUUCUUGAGAAUUCAUCUUGAGUUAUCUUUUAUUUAGAUAAAAAUAAAGAGGCAAGGAUCUACUGUCAUUUGUAUACAAAUCCUGUUACCUUGAAAAAAUAAAAAUGUUAACAGGAAUGCAGUGUGCUCAUUCUCCCUAAAUAGCAAAUCCCACUGUAUACAAAACAGUUCUUUUGUUCUGCCUUUUAAAAUGUUCAUGUAGAAAAUUAAUGAACUAUAGGAAUAGCUCUAGGAGAACAAAUGUGCUUUCUGUAAAAAGGCAGACCAGGGAUGUAAUGUUUUUAAUGUUUCAGAAGCCUAACUUUUUACACAGCAAUUACAUUCACACUUCACUAAUGUUGAUAUUUGGCUGAUGGUUGUGCAGGUUUCUGAAAUACACAUUUAGUGUAUUGAAAUACAAGACAGCUUAAGGGCUGCUUGGUUAGCAUCUCAUCUUGCAUUCUGAUUAAUUGGCAAGAAAGGGAGAUUUCAAAAUUAUAAUAUUUCUUGAUGGUAUCUUUUCAAUUAAUGUAUCUGUAAAAGUUUCUUUGUAAAUACUAUGUGUUCUGGUGUGUCUUAAAAUUCCAAACAAAAUGAUCCCUGCAUUUCCUGAAGAUGUUUAGUGAGAGUCUGGUAAGCGAAGGAGUCUGAAAAAUAGGAAAUGCAGACAUAGGUUUUGUCUGGUUGCAUAUAAUCUUUGCUCUUUUUAAGCUCUGUGAGCUCUGAAAUAUAUUUUUGGGUUACUUCAGUGUGUUUGACAAGACAGCUUGAUAUUUCUAUCAAACAAAUGACUUUCAUAUUGCAACAAUCUUUGUAAGAACCACUCAAAUAAAAGUCUCUUAAAAAGGCCA